GGCAGGUCGAGAUAUGUGCCCACGGAUUUUAGGUGCCCCCGCUGCUGCAUUCGCGAGCGGCGGCCCUACCCGCUGGAGGCCGCCAUGCCACCCAACAUGCGGGUGGCCCUGGUCAGCCUGCGCGCCAGCAAGCAGUCCGGCGCCCCCCUGCAACAACUCCUGCAGCGGCAGCAGCAGCAGCAGCAGCAGCACCCAGACGACCUGCAGUUGCAGCUGCAGCUACAGCUGCAACAAGUCGCGGCAGACGCCGACCCAGCAGCCUGCGAUCUGGGCGACCUAGUUGGCGGCAACGGGAACGGCGGCGGCGGCGGUCGUGAUGGGUCUGAGGAGCCGGCGGCGCUGCCUCACCCCCGGCCGCCGCCGCCCGCUAACGCACACCGUUCCGCCUCAGGCCGCGGGCGAGACCGUGACCCCGCCUACCCCGCCUGCCGCUCCCUGGCUUCGGUUGCCAAGCACCGGGAGCAAAUGUUGCAGCGGCAGCAGGAGCAGGCCGCAGCCAGCGCCGCUGCUGCGGCGGCGGCGCAGGCGCAGCUGCACAAGCUGGCGUCCGGCGGUUUCGGCGGCCUGGGGUCGUUGCUGCAUGGAGGGGCAGGUGGCCCGUUGUUCGGAGCGGCGGGACCUGCGGGGGCAGGAGGAAUGGGCGGUGCUGCCGGCGCUGGUGGGAAGCUCCCCGGCCCCGUGUUGGGCGGCAUUCAGAGCUUCCUGCCUGCUAGCAUGGCGCCUGGAGGCGCCACCGCCGGGGGCGGCCUGGUGUCAUCCUGGGCACCUACCUCUGCCCUGGGCUCGGCAGCUGCAGCGGCUGCGGCAGCAGCAGCUGGGGCGGGAGGUGGGGUAGCGGUCGGGGAUGUGGGAGCAGCGGGCGCGGCGGCAGGUGCAGGUGCGGGAGGGGUGGCGAACCCGGAGGUGCGGGAGAGGUGGGCGCGACUCGAGGCCAUGGAGCGGCAGGCGCGGGAGGAGCGAUCCCGGCUGCUGACGGGAGCGUGGUCGCGGUCGGGUCCUGUGUUUAACGGAGUGGGGGGGUUCGGGGGCAUCGGCGGGAUCGGGAUGGACGGUGCAGCGGGGGCCGCGGCGGGGGCUGCAGGAGCGUCGAGCGGUGCUGGCGGCGGUUCGAACUCGGGACCUAACGGCGGGUUGUGGGGCGGUCUGAGUGCGCAGCAGCACCAGCAACUCGCCGCCAUGAUGCUGUCCAUGCAGAUGGGCAUCGGCACGGGUGGCGGGGCGGGGGGCUACGGCGCGGCGGCGCAGGCGGCUAUGUUUGCCGCGGGGUUGCAGCAGCAGCAGCAACAUGCGGCGGCUCAGUUGCAGGUGUCGCAGUUCCUGGCGCAGCACCAACAGCAGCAGCAGCAACAAGCAUGGCAACAGCAGCAGCAGCAACAACAACAACAACAGUACGGUCUCUCGGCGGCACAUGCAGCAGCCAAUACGCACAGCGUGGGCGGGUACCCGGGUAGUGCUACUGUGGAGCAGCUGCAAGCGCAAGUGCAGCAGGCGCAGCAGUUCAUGCAGCAGGCGCAGCAGCAGCAGGGGCAGGGGAGCGGUGCGCAAUCCAGCGGGGCUGGGGAGCACCUGUGCGCGAAUGAGGACCUGGAUUUGUGAGUGUUGUUGUCGCAUGUGUGCUGCUGCUGCUGUUGUUGCUAGAGGCUUUGCUGUUGGUUGGUUGGUCGGUCGGGUGGUGCCGGGGCUUAGGUGUAGUACCGUAUCUUGUUGGCUGUGACCAUAGCAUAGGAGCAUGCCCACACACAUAGAAUUGAAGAAAGCAACAAAAAGGAACUGUCGACGCGGUGCCAAUGUGCCUCGCACGUUCACCUUGACGCAUGUGCCAAGUACUGGAGCCGGGAGGAGGGAGAGACCUGCCAUGGACGCCACAUGCAGGUACCCACCCGCUCAUUGCAUCCAGGCACCGGUGUUGCAUUCGGGGUAAGAAGCGGUUUGUAGGUGGGUUGGCAGAUCUCGCGGGACGCCGGCAAACCCAUUGCGCACAUGUUAUUUAUUUCAUAUCGAUUGCUGGACCAAAGCUGUUUGUUGUUAAUCAUGUUCGUAUUAGCACGAUUAGGGAGGUAUGGUUGGUUUCGCUAAACGAUACGCUCUUGUGUGGGGUAUUGCAUGCAGAGAGAUUCCAUUGCGGCAUUGGCGUUGUGUCUGGAGAUAACAACUGAGGGGCUGUAGUCCUGGCGUGUUGACCUCGAAAUACAUAGGACCGUAUUGUAAAAGAAUGGUGCCAUG